GAAGUCCGCAGCUACCGCAUUUCACCAAGAAUUGCAGUGCACGUUCAACGGAGUGCAACUACGCUUACGUGCACGACCGGCACAGGAACGUGUGCCUCCGUCCCCUUACUCACCCUUUUCGCGCCUGCAACCUAGCAUAUUUACUCUGCGUACAUUGUCAGCUUGCUUUCAGUAAAUGAGAGCUCCAUAGGUUACAGCCCUAGCGUUGCACAGGCAGGACGGCAAAGGAAUGGCGGAAGGGGGUUCUCAGCUGCCUUUCCCGGCAGGAUUCCCGGGCCAAUUCCCAGCCGGGUUGGCAGCAGCUUACGGGGCGCAGCAGCCAAACAAUCAUCAAGCGGAGCAAUUGAAAGCUUUUUGGCAAAGCCAACUUGUCGAAGUAUCAGAAGUGCCUCGUGACCCGGCAGUCUUCAAGAACCACCAGCUACCCCUCGCAAGGAUAAAGAAGAUCAUGAAAUCGGACGAGGAUGUGCGCAUGAUCAGCGCGGAGGCCCCAGUGCUGUUCGCAAAGGCCUGUGAGAUGUUCAUCUUGGAGCUGACGCUGCGCUCCUGGAUGCAUGCGGAGGAGAACAAGCGCCGUACGCUGCAGCGCACCGACGUGGCGGCCGCCAUCACCAAGACGGACAUCUUCGACUUCCUGGUGGACAUUGUGCCCCGGGAGGACAUCAAGCAGGAGGAGGGGCAGGCGGCGGCGGCCCCACCGCAGCAGCAGCUGGCGCAGCAGGCAGCAGCGGCGGUACCGGCGGCGGCUGGCCCCCGCGCGCCCGCACCUGCUGGUGCGCCUGUUCCCCCGCACCCCGCGCUCGGCCCCGCCUCGCUCUUCUUCCCGCCGCCCUUCCCCAUGCCGCCUGGCAUGCUGGGAGGCGACCCCAGCCAGGCUGCUGCCGCCGCGGCCGCCGCCGCCGCCAUGAUGCGGCCGCCCAUGCCGCCACUGGGGCUGGACCCCGCGCUGGUGUCGCUCUACCAGCAGCAGCUGCUGGCGGGGCAGGCAUGGCCGCACAUACCCGGACUGCCGCCGCCGCCCACCGCGCCGGGAGCAGCAGCGGCGGCGGCAGCGGCGCAGGUGCAGCAGCAGCAGGCGGCAGCGGUGGCGGCGGCCGGAGCGAUGCAGGCGGCAGCGGCGGCAGCAGCAGCGGCGGCGUCGACGGCGAGUGGUGGUCAUCAGGGGCAGGGAUCUGGGUCGGCGGCGGGGGCGGGGGCUGGCGCGGGGCAGCAGCAGGGGGCCCAGGCGGCAGCAGGGGGCCACGGGGAGGAGCAGGAGGCGGAGGAGCCGCCGGCAGCCGAUGGAGAGGAGGAAUAGGGUGGACUGGUGCAAGCGUUGUCAGCAGGUGUUCCCUAGGUAGCAUACCUUGCAGCUAGCCAACUUACUUGCAUUGGUGGCUGAGAGGGCGGUACCGGUCAAGAGGCGCACCGCAAUCUGUUUGCCGCAAGACGUGCACUGAAGGUUAGAUAACUGCAAACGGUGCCCUUGCCGAGCGCCCGUUGGGCACGGGGAGUCUUUUACAGUGUUUUAAGCGCAGGUCCAAAGAGCAAUGCACAAUGGAGAGCAACAGACUGAGUCGCGAGGAAACACUAACCGUGGGGUGCUUUUGAAGUUGUAUUUGGACCGAGCCAGUUGACACGGGUGCGUGGUGAGCGUGGUGGGUGCGAGGGAGCGUGUUUUCGCCUUGCAAAGCUGUAGCUGCAAGCCCAUGCGUUGCUGUUUGAUCGGAGGCUGGGCACGCGGUAUGUUCAUCCGAGUGUUAGUGCUUCCGAGUUUAUUGCUGCUUGGUAUAAGUUGGAGGCCGACUAACAGCCGUAGGACAAGGUCGGGACAGUGAAGCGGCGAGGGGCCCUUUAUCUUACAACAGACAAACAGGGUGCAUAGACGCUGUGUUUGGAGAGCAUGCAGGUGUGGUAGAGGAGUUGACUUUGUCUGUUCCUAUGGCUGCCAGGUACCGCCUCACCAACGCGGGGUUUUGCCUGAGGUGCGCGUUCUGGCUUCUGUACUCAGUUUCCUCCCAUGGGGAGUAGUGGUGGGAGGGUUUUAAGGACGAUGGGUUUGGCGGCAAUUGGUAGGUCGAUGUCCGGGCGUGUCAAGCAAAGAUGUACGGCUUGGAAGCAUAACAAGAGCACCCCAUGUAUUGUAUGAAGUAUCAUGCGCAUAUGAGUCCGACGAGGUUUCGUGCGCUACUGCAAGGCCAUCACCGACCAACCGUUGCCGUACAGGGCUAUCAUUGGCUCACGGCGUGGGCGAAAGGCACUUGGCCUCAUUUGCUGUGAAUGCUCGUUUCGCCUUCCGACGUUACCGCAAAUUCCCAGCGUUAGUGGCCAUCACCUUGAAGCGCAUUCCAACUGUAACACACGCUUCGUCAUUUCCUCUUCUGCCUGGAGCUUUAGCGCUUUGCACAUUUCCUCGGCCUUGAGGGAACCAGAGUUUUUUUCAAGCGUGAAGCUGCAUGGCGCAAAGCAGUUCACAGCAAGGGCCACCAACUACGCAAGAAGUAGCUCGAUCUUUUUCGCAAGUGCUAUGGAAAAUUCAUGAGCUGGAGGCCACCCUAGCGUCCUAUGACGCAUCACAUGCGGAUCUUCUAGAACAAAGACUAGUACAGUAUGAAAAGCUGCUGGCAUCGGCUAGAGAUAUGCUUAGACAGCGGACUGCGGGUCCGCCCUCAGAGGAGCGGCAGCGCAACACUCUGGAGGGCCGUAAGAUUCCCGAGGAGCUCAUCAGGGCCUUGGACGCAGGUAUCAACCCGGACGAAUACCUGCGGGAAACAUUCAAAGCGUGCCGUACGGACAACGAGAUCAGCCGGGGCAAGUGCGAGGCGCUGCAGCAGCUGUUCGCCAACUUGCUAGCAGACGCAGCGGAGCCCUUCCCGCAGGAGGCUGAGCAGUACAGGAAGCUCUUGGGGCUGUAGUGCAAGCUGGAGGAAUUGUGCGGUGGACACAAACGCGCUGCGAGCCUGGUCGUGGAGUUGGUCUGAAACUCAAUUUUAAACCCAAUAUCAUGGAUACUUUGAACACAACGCUAUUGUUACAAGUCCCAGCCACUAUGCACGCUAUUUGUGUGACUCUAGGAGCGGCGUCAUUGACUGCUAUGCUCAUGUACAAGCGCUGGCAAGCAGAAAUGGGUCAACUGGCCCUAACAGGUCGUCCUCUAACCUACUGUAUGGGGGAAGGACACCUCAUAUCUUCUCUUCCAGUAGCGGCAUGCCUUGGCAGUAUGCCAAACGUCUUUUAUUUGUAAGCGAGGGCCUCUA